UUUAAGGAAGUGUUUACUUAUCUGGUAUGAUAAUUACUUCCUUUCUUGCAACUAUUAUUUGGUAAACAACAUAGUUUUUUUGCUACUCUUGUCAGGAAUACGUCACGCUACGCGGCAUUGCUGUGUUGCCAAUAGUAUCGUAAUUACUCGAAUAUUUGCGCAAACCUAAAACAUGACUCAAUUGGUUUGUGCUUGCUGUAAUAAGCAUAGUGAUGAGCAUAAGCUUAUUUUUUGUGUGUUCUGCAAAGAGUCCUACCUGCAUUCUUGUGUUGAUCUAUCCACCGCUGAACUUAGAAAAAUAAAGGCGUCUAAAAAUCUUACAUGGUCCUGUGUCAAAUGCUCCAACUUUGGAGAUACCAUUAAUGAUCUUAAGAGCAUUGUGUUGGCUCUGCAGAAAGAAGUGGAAAGUCUCAAGUCAGUUAACCAACAACACUUAACCCAAUCAGCUAACUUCACCAUGGAUGAAAUUAUCCAUGAAUUAGAAGAUAGAAACUCCAGGAAAUGUAAUCUAAUCUUAUUUGGACUCAAAGAAGAUAAUAUUCUCAACAAGGAAGAAAGAGCUAAUCUUGAACAUGGUGUAGUCAACAAUAUUAUAAAAACUGUUGAUCCCAACAUCCACACUGAAUUUAAUAUAUUUCGCCUUGGCAAAUAUGAUAGUACUAGUAACAAAAAAUCCGACAGAGUUAUAGAAGAAGAGCAAAUUUCUAAAUUUUCUCAAUCGACUAUAUUUUAUCACCAAGAUCUGGAGUGCAAUAAUCAUGCAGUUUUGAGAGCAGAACUUGAAUUAUGGUGCAUCUACCAAUCCAACUCCAUGGGUCUAAACACCGAGACGUUUUGUCUUGGCGUUACCACCGUCAGGAUACCUGUGGGGAAAGGCACCCCCAGAGGGAAAAACUACAACACUUUUGAUGAAGAGUGCGCCAAGCGUCAGGGGAUAAUCGCUAUUAAAAAUAAUGACAAUUUAUGUCUACCUCGAGCUCUUGUCGUGGCCAUGGCUUACGUAGACAAAGACCCUGACUAUGUUAAAGUGCGCAGGGAUAUUGGAAAAGUGCAGACUGAGAGAACCCAACAAUUGAUAGAAAAAGCAAAUGUUAAAUGUGCUGACUGCCUUCGCACAUUUAAAAGUCAGGCUUGUUUUGAUAACCAUAUAGAAGUUGGUACAGAGGGCUCUCUUUGCCAACAAGUUCGACUCUGCCCCAACUGCCUAAGAACUAUAAAGGCUAAUAGAGAGCAUACAUGCGGGGAAAUUUUCUGUAAAAUUUGCCAAAAACAUCAGCCACAAGGGCAUUUAUGCUUCAUGCAGCCAGAUACAGGAAAGCCAAAAACAAAGGAUGUACUUUUUGUUUUCUACGACCUGGAGACUAGACAGGAAAAACUCAACGGUGACGACCUGGAACACGAGCCGAAUUUGUGUGUUUUCAAACAAUGCUGCGAUGUGUGCAUAAAAACAUCAGAUAUAAUUUGUAAAAAAUGUGGCUUAAGACUGCAAAAAGUUCGUGGUGCAAACCCCAUUGCCAGCUUUAUGAUUCACAUUUUAGAAAUUAGAAAAAAAUUCAAAAAAGUUGUUGUGCUGGCGCACAACGGUCAGGCUUUCGACCAUCAAUUUAUUCUAAGCCACAUACUGAAGAAAACUGACCUAGCCCCAGAGUUAAUUAUGAGAGGAACCAAAAUUAUAUUGAUGCAACUACAAAACAUCAAAUUUUUGGAUUCCCUUAAUUAUUUUCCCAUGCCUCUCUCAGCUCUCCCUAAAGCAUUUGGAUUAAAGGAACUAAAGAAGGGAUAUUUUCCCCAUUUAUUUAACACCUUGGAAAACCAAUCGUAUGUCGGGCCCCUACCCCAGGUCGAAUAUUACAGCCCUGACACGAUGAAACCAGAGGCACGAGAGGAAUUUUUAAAAUGGUAUGAGGAUCAUAAGCGCGACCAGUUUGAUUUUCAAAAAGAGUUCAUCGAUUACUGUGUUUCCGAUGUAGAAAUUCUAACAGGGGCCUGUUUAAAAUUUCGAGAACAGAUGAUAACAACCACCAAUGUUUGCCCCUUUACCAACGCCUGCACCAUUGCCUCAGCCUGCAAUAAAGUGUUUAGGAGAAAUUUUCUUAAGCCAAACACAAUUGGUAUUAUUCCUAAGGGUGGUUAUAGAAUGACAGACAACCAGUCUAUGAUAGCGCUGAAAUGGCUGGUAUGGGAAGAAAAUCAGAGGAAAAUCACCAUACAACAUGCAGGCAGAGGGCAAGAGGCAAUUUUAUCCGGGUUAAAGGUUGAUGGAUUUUGCGAAAACCAAGUUUUCGAGUUUCAAGGAUGCUAUUAUCACGGAUGCCCCAGAUGUUUUAAGCACCAGCGCGACGAGCCUCUAUCAGAUGAUCCUACAGAAUCAAUGAAUUUCCGGUACGAAUCCACAGUGGCAAAAAUCGAGAGACUUAAAGCAGCUGGGUAUGACGUCAUUGAAAAAUGGGAGUGUGAUUUCCGACGGGAAAUGCGCGAGAACACCGAAAUAUUAAAAUAUGUCGAAAAUAAUCCGUUAUUAUCCCAUUCGCCUCUAAACCCGCGAGAUGCUUUUUACGGGGGUCGUACAGGAAAUUGCAGGACAUAUUACAAGACCAAAGGGGCUGAAAAAAUUAAAUACCUGGAUGUUUGCUCCCUUUACCCUUGGGUAUGUAAAUACGGCAAGUACCCCGUUGGUCACCCAGAAGUUUUUGUUGGCGAUCAAUGCAAAUCUAUAAAUUUGCAGGAAACAGACGGAAUAAUAAAAUGCACUGUUUUACCACCACGAAAUUUGUAUCACCCUGUUUUACCAACAAAAAUGAACAAUAAAUUGAUGUUUGUUCUCUGUCGUACCUGCGGACAAAACCUAAGCGCCGAGGAAUGCCAACAUACCGAAGAAGACCGCGCGCUAUCGGGUACCUGGGUAAUUGAUGAGGUGUUAAAAGCUCUAGAAAAGGGGUAUGAAAUAUUGAAGAUCGAUGAAGUGUGGAAAUACAGGGUGGAACAGUACGAUAUUGAUCAAAAAACCGGGGGCUUAUUCGUUGAAAUGAUGAAUAAGUUUAUUAAAAUUAAGCAAGAGUCUUCAGGGUGGCCUGGAAAUAGUGCAACCGAUGAGCAAAAGAGCAAGUACAUCGAAGAAUUUUUCAAUCGCGAGGGCAUUAAACUAGAAUUCGACGCAAUUUUAAAUAAUCCCGGGCUUAGAUGUUUGGCCAAGCUUAUGCUAAACAGUUUCUGGGGGAAACUGGGGCAGCAAGAAAAUCAACCAAAGACCAGGAUUGUGAAUAACCCCGAAGAGUUCUUUAAUAUGAUGACUAAUCCUUCCAUAUACGUGAAUUCUGUUUUACCAAUCAGCGAAGACUCUUUGGUAGUUGAUUACUCGUUUAAAGAGGAAAGUUACGAACCCAUAUCCACGGUAAAUGUUUGUCUGGCAGCGUAUACCACGGCUCAAGCACGACUUAAACUCUAUAGUUAUUUGGAAGAGUUGGGCGACAGGGUGUUGUAUUACGACACCGACUCCAUUAUCUUUACUCAUAUGGAUAUGGAGUUUGAACCCUCAACAGGUCAUUUUAUCGGAGAUAUGACAGAUGAAUUAGAGUCCUAUGGUCCAGGGAGCUACAUUAAAGAAUUUGUUAGCGGUGGCCCAAAAAACUACGCCUACAAAGUUUACUCCACUGCCGAAAAAGAUGAAAAGGUGGUGUGUAAAGUCAAGGGAAUCUGUCUAAAUUAUAACGCGUCGCUACUAGUGAACUUUGACUCCAUAAAGGAAAUGAUUUUAACUGAUUCCGAGCCAGUUAAAAUCGUAACAAAAGCCAUUAGACGAACAAAAGAGCAUGAAGUGGUAACAAGGGAAGAAACUAAGAUAUAUCGGCCAAACUCUCUGAAAAGAAAAUUUUAUGCAGAUCAUUCCUCGCAGCCAUACGGUUUUAAACGCACGAGGGAUGAUCUUUAA